UGGUUCUGGCCUGGCGGUGCUUUGGACACUCAGAAGGGCUUUUCAUGAAUUUCCUGCGGUGCCGGCAACUGUCGGUGCGCCAGCAUGGCGGCGGCGAAGGGAGCGAUGGAGCUGGGGCGCUUCUGGGUGUGGCUCUUGGCGACGUUGCAGGCGGUGUCUGUAUAUGGAGCAGAAUUAUCAUCAGAGGCAUGCAGAGAGCUUGGCUUUUCCAGUAACUUGUUAUGCAGUUCUUGUGAUCUUCUUAGCCAGUUUGGCUUGAAUCAGCUGGAUCCCUUCUGUAGAAAGUGCUGCCAAGAAGAAGCUCAGUCUGAAACUAGAAAGCUCUAUUCAGGAGCCAUACUUGAAGUGUGUGGAUGAAAAUUAGGGAGGUUCCCUCAGGUCCAGGCUUUUGUCAGGAGUGACAAGCCUAAACUGUUUAGGGGACUGCAGAUUAAGUAUGUACGUGGAUCUGACCCUAUACUGAAGCUCUUGGAUGACAGUGGGAACAUUGCUGAAGAACUGAGCAUCCUCAAAUGGAAUACCGACAGUGUAGAAGAAUUCCUAAGUGAAAAACUAGAGCGCCUCUAAAAAGAGAGAGAAAUCUUGCUUUAAAAAAAAAUCAUUAUUUCUUGCAUCAUUUUUCAUCAUGGUAAUCGUCUCAGACAAAGUGUGAUAAAUCCCGGAAAUCAUUCCAGCUUCUGCAUUAAUUUUAAAACUAUCUGGUUUUGUCUAGUACUUCAACAUCUUUUAAUUAGGAGCAGAAGCUUCAAGCACAGCACAUUUGACAAAUUGGCAGCUGAACAAAUGUCCUGUCCUGCCACAUUUCAGCUCAUCUUAGCGGAUGGAAAGCAUUAAUGAAAUGCUUUGAGACAAAUGCAAUGCAAAUAUUAGAAUUUGUUAUAAUUUGGCCAUUUUUUGCAUGCAAGCCUAUUUGUCAACCCACAAUAAUUGAGAUAAUUGCUGUGCUUUUUUAGUAUACUGCCACUCUUUUUACAGUGAUGAGAAGUUGGAAUGAAAUGAGAUAAACUCUGCCUCCCAAAGAGAUCUUUGCUAAUAUCCUGCGUAUUGUAUUUUCCAGCUGACCUUUUUAUAAAACUGUUAUUUACACUAUUCAUAAUUAAUGCCUGCUCUCAAAGAAGCAAACGUUUGUAAUCUUGUUCUGAUGGAAGAGCUCAUGAUCUGGAAUGGCUAGAGAACUCUUAAGAAAAUACACUUUAAUGAUGAUUACAUAGAAAGCCUUUAACUGAAGGCAUGUGUAGGUCUGAUGUCUAGUGUACUUUUGUUAAAUGUGUUUACCUUCAUGCCACCAACAUGAGUUCUGUGAAGGGAAAAAAUAUGGAGAGAGCAAUAAACUGCUUUAGAAAAUGUG